UUUUAUCGCGUAUUUCUUUCUUUAUAAACAAAAUUUGAUACUUUCAGAAAUUGAUUUCACAUUCGUUUCACAUCAGCAUUAUAAAAGGCAAUUUUAAAUGUAAUAAAAAUCCGCAUAGUAAAAAGUAUUCCCCCUUAAAGCGUUAAAAGAUUCCGCUCGGAGAAACUUUUUUCCUCUGAAAUUGGAUACCGGAAUUUCAAGUCACUCUAACAUUAUCGGAAUAAGACAUGCAAUAACUUCUUUUUUUUUCUCUCUUCCCUUCCGUCACGCACAUACUAUCGAGUCCCCUUCGUUCUCGCUGGGAAGGUAUCUCGAUCUGGAGCACGCCUUUCUCUCUCGUCCGAGUUAUACUUGCAGUUCCCAAGCAGUCGACUCAGAUAACUUGACUCACUUGAUCCUCCGAAUAUCCACUCUCGCUUUAUUCUCAUUAAACAUGUACCGUUUUCGUACAGCGUGUCGCGAUUGGUGUCGCGUCUUCGCCGUGCUUCAUACAUUCUGAAUUCUCGAGCGUCGCAUUGUAAAAUGUGUGUUUGCAGAGAAGAUAAUUUUUUACGACUAGAUACAGCGUUGUUACGAUGUGCGUGACUGAUUUAAAGUGUAACGAUGUAAUAACAAUGAUGGAUCUGGAAUUUAACGCGGCUUCGUUGUCAGAUUUGAUGACUCGUGGAAGAACAGUGACGAUUACCUCAAUGAAUUAUCGUGGCUCGUGGUCACACGAGGUUCCUGUUUUAUUUUUGCACUGAUAUGUGAUUUGUAGUUCAUUUACGUGAAUAUUACGUCUUAUGAAUUAUCAAAGUUUCAAUCAAUUGGAAGAAAGCAUGAAGCGUGUAAUAAUAUGAUUAUUUGAUGUGACAAAAUAAAUAUACACAAUUUUAUUCGUCGAAACGUGAAAGACUGGCGUCUUAUCGUGUUGUUUAAUUUAAUACGAGAUGACUAAGUUCAGAGGUCCGUUGGUCCAUCGAGUGAAGCUGAUGUAUCGCAAUCUAAAGGAUGUUACGAUGGAGAUAGAUCGCUCGAUAUCAUAUGAAAAUAGAUUGCUCGGGGAUGGCGACGAUGACACCGAUUACGAGGGUACUACGCACUUGGUGCGUGUACCACGUGUGUCGGAAGCACGGCAAUUUGUGGAGGAGACCAGUACGGUUAAAAUCGGAAUUCAGGGGAUGACCUGCCAGAGUUGCGUGCGGAACAUCGAAGGGAUGAUCGGCGAGCGGCCUGAUGUCGUCAGUAUCAGGGUGGUCCUGGAAGAAAAGGCCGGCUACAUCGAAUACAAGACGCAUGAGACCACGCCACAAGAAUUAGCGGAAGCAAUUGAGGAUAUGGGGUUCACCGUUAACUUACUGACGUCCAACGACAUGAAGAACGAAGCAAACAUCCCCGUCGUCAGUACCUGUAGUAUACAUAUAGACGGAAUGACAUGUAUGUCGUGCGUUAAAAACAUCACCGGUGUUCUGUCUGAAAAACCUGGUAUAAAGAAUGUGAACGUUAGCCUGGAGAACAAGGAAGCCAGAGUUUCUUACAAUAGCAGUGACGUAACAGCCAAUCAAAUAGUAAUGUAUGUAGAAGACAUGGGCUUUACCGCGUAUGUAAAAGCGAACGAUAAGGCUGUGAAAUCUCAAUCAGAUACUGUUGUUAAUAAAAACAAGAAAGCAGAUCUGAUGCUACAAGCGAAUGGCGUUGGUGAUAUCAAAGAACAAUCAUCAAAAUGCUUUCUGCAUAUAACGGGUAUGACUUGCGCUUCCUGCGUCGCCGCGAUAGAGAAACACUGCAAGAAACUAUACGGCGUAAACAGCAUAUUGGUGGCUCUGAUGGCUGCCAAAGCAGAAGUCAUAUAUGAUGCCGACAAGAUAAGAGCAACGGAUAUUGCUUCCAGUAUAUCGGAAUUGGGUUUUCCUACGACCUUAAUCGAAGAAUCUGGAACUGGAGAAGGCGAAAUCGAAUUAAAGAUCUUGGGUAUGACGUGCGCAUCGUGCGUAAAUAAAAUAGAAUCGACGGUGAAGAAGUUACCUGGUAUACGAUCAGCAAUGGUCGCUCUUGCAACACAGCGGGGCAAGUUCAAGUAUGAUGUGGAAAAAACCGGUGCCAGAGAUAUCAUUGAAUGUAUCAAUAAAUUAGGUUUCACGGCCAGUCUAUUUAGCAAUCGAGAUAAGGAGAAUAGAGAUUACUUAGACCAAAAAGAAGAGAUAAGCAAAUGGCGAACAGCGUUCUUGGUAUCAUUGAUCUUCGGAGUUCCAUGUAUGAUAGCAAUGAUAUAUUUCAUGAUAAUCAUGAUGUUCGGUAAGACACAUGAAGAAAUGUGUUGUAUAGUACCUGGUCUGUCUUGGGAAAAUCUGCUACUCUUUUUGUUCUCCACACCAGUGCAGUUUUUUGGCGGUUGGCACUUCUAUGUGCAAGCCUAUAAAGCCUUGAAACAUGGUACAACCAACAUGGAUGUCUUAAUCUCAAUGACUACCACGAUCUCGUAUCUCUACUCUAUCGCUGUCCUCACUGCCGCUAUGAUAAUGCAAGAGAAUAUCAGUCCACAGACGUUCUUUGAUACUCCACCAAUGCUUCUAGUCUUCAUCAGUUUGGGAAGAUGGCUCGAACAUAUAGCGAAGGGAAAAACAUCUGAAGCUCUCUCGAAAUUGCUGUCUUUAAAAGCCACGGACGCAGUGUUAAUUUCUUUAGGACCCAAUAAUGAAAUAUUGUCGGAGCGGUUGAUAAGCAUCGACCUGGUGCAACGUGGAGACGUGCUGAAGGUAGUUCAAGGUGCGAAAGUACCGGUCGAUGGCCGCGUGCUGUCUGGUCAGUCAACCUGUGAUGAGAGUCUAAUCACGGGCGAGAGCAUGCCGGUACCGAAGAAGAAGGGUUCAGUGGUGAUUGGUGGAUCGAUCAAUCAGAAUGGACCGUUGCUGAUCACCGCCACACACACGGGCGAGCACACGACGCUGGCACAGAUUGUUCGUUUGGUUGAAGAAGCACAAACAAACAAGGCACCGAUUCAACAACUGGCUGAUAAGAUAGCUGGCUAUUUCAUACCUUUGGUUAUAGUGGUCUCCAUAAUAACUUUGAUAAUCUGGAUUAUUGUCGGUUACAUGAACGUUGAGCAACUGCCCAUAUCACACAAUGAUCAGAUUAAAAAACAUGGUAUGAACCGCGAGGAGAUCAUAUUUCAGUAUGCCUUUCGAAGUGCCCUGGCAGUACUCGCAAUUGCUUGCCCCUGUGCUCUUGGCCUAGCUACACCAACCGCAGUUAUGGUCGGCACAGGUGUGGGUGCAUUGAACGGCAUCCUGAUCAAGGGCGCCGAACCAUUAGAAAAUGCCCACAAGGUCAAAUGCAUUGUCUUUGACAAAACGGGCACAUUGACGCAUGGAAUGCCAAUUGUAACUAAGAUCGGUUUGUUCGUGAACGAAAAGAUCUGUUCAUUGGCGAAGUUGCUGCUGAUCGUCGGCACGGCGGAAAUAAACAGCGAACAUCCCAUUGCAUCAGCAAUUGUACGCUACGUAAAAAACACAAUCAGCUCGACUGCUACCGGACAAUGCACAAACUUUCAAGCGGUCGCUGGCUGCGGUUUAAAAUGUAAAGUAUCUCAUUUGAACGCUGCACUAUCUGACGCACUGAAAUCCGAGAAGAUCAUCAAUUACAUGAAUCAGACAAACAAUGCACCAGCUGGAAUCUACAAUCUCAACGAUGUGCCCAUCGACAACGUGCCAAUCACCGAAUCAACGCAAGAUAGACAAAAUUUAGAUCUAGAAUUACUUUUAAGUCCCGAUUCACACGGUGAUCGAAACACUGCCGACGAUACGUAUGAAGUUUGUAUCGGUAAUCGGGAAUGGAUGCGUCGGAACGCGAUUAAUAUUCCGCAAGAGGUUGACAUGAGGAUGAUCAAUGAAGAAGAUCUAGGGCACACUGCUGUCCUAGUCGCAGUGAACAGCAUUCUAGUUGCCAUGGUCAGUGUGGCCGACACGGUGAAGCCCGAAGCGCAUCUCGCGGUUUACACGUUGAAGAAAAUGGGAUUACAGGUGAUUCUGUUGACAGGCGAUAAUAGGAAAACCGCAGCUUCAAUCGCUAGACAGGUCGGCAUCAGCAGAGUUUUCGCGGAGGUAUUACCAUCACACAAGGUCGCUAAAAUUCAGCGACUGCAAGAUCAAGGUUUGAGAGUCGCCAUGGUGGGUGACGGUGUCAAUGACAGUCCGGCUCUAGCUCAGUCAGAUGUCGGUAUCGCUAUCGCGUCGGGCACGGAUGUCGCUGUAGAGGCUGCCGAUGUAGUUCUGAUGCGCAACGAUCUUCUGGACGUAAUUGCGUGUUUAGAUUUGUCAAGGAAGACAGUCUUUAGAAUAAGAUCGAAUUUCUUAUUCGCUAGUAUCUACAAUCUUCUGGGCAUUCCCAUAGCUGCCGGGGUAUUCAGCUCCUUCGGUUUCUUUUUACAGCCAUGGAUGUCCUCUGCUGCCAUGGCUUUAAGUAGCGUUUCGGUGGUAGGAAGUUCCUUAUUAUUGAAAUUUUACCGUAAACCAACUAAAGCCACGUUGGAAACUUCGGAAUACUUAGCAGCUAUGCAUGCUCAUUCUACAGCGCGAAUGAUCGAUAUGGACGCGAUAUCACUCCAUCGUGGACUAGACGAUUCGGUCAUGCCAGUUAUGAACAGAUCGACUUCCACAUUGUCCAGGUAUAGGCAAACGAAUAUGUUGCUUUCGAAUGUCUCCCAAGACUGUAAUAACUCCAUAGCUUAACAUCAUGUAUAACUAAUUGAUGUUAUUUUUGGGAAAAAGUCAUUAUUUCUUAUAUUAACCACGUACAAAAUGGCAAUUAUUUUUGAUAAUGCAUCUUAUGCUCUUCCCUAACGCUUAUUAAAUUGAUUUAUAAAUAAUUAUUAUUAUGUUUGCGAAUAACAUUAAUAGGAAAUCAACUGUAUUUAAUUAAUAAUUAUAUAUGUAUUGCUUUGUAAAUAACUUAUAAUUUAAGCAUAUUUGACAAAUUUGAUUUUCUUGUAAAUAUAAUUUAUGCUUUUUAGAUAUUUAUAUAUAGAAUGAUUCUUAAUUAAAUUAAUAUAACAUAAUUAAUAUAAUUAUAUAUGUAAUAUAUAUAUGUAAUAUAUAUAAUUAUAUUAAUUAUAUAUUUUAUAAUGCUAACGAGAUCAAAUUUGCUCUUAUUGAAUGAAAAAUGUAAUUCACAUAAUUUUUAAACGUAUUUUUUUAACUUUCAUGAUUUUUCGGAGAUAUCAAAAAUCUAAGUUUUUAUCUUAAAAAAAAUUAUGAAUACCAAUACUGAAUAAGUAAGAAUCAUUCUACAUGUGUAAUGUGUUCCUUCAAAUCAAACUAGAUAUACGAGAUUUCAUGUAUAAAGUUACAUUACUUUUGCUUUUAAUGAUUUUGUUUAGAGUUGAUUGAAAUUAUAAUUACAUAUUUCUUUAUAUAAAAAAACUUUAUUUUAAUGUUAUAAAAAUUUUGCUUAUUCUCUGCAAAUACUGGUUCGUUACUUAUAACAGAAUAUAAGACUGAGAAAAAAAA